AUGCCGCCGCUGACGCCGGCGGACGCGUCCCUGAUUCUCGACCACGUCGUGGGGAGCCCCUCCAUCCCCGCCGCCGCGGCCAACGCGCUGCUCGCCUCGCUCCCCUUCCCCUCCCGCCCCACCCCGCGCCUCCUCCGCUCCGUACUCCUCCGCCGCCUCGCCUCCGACCCCGUCUCCGCCGCCGCGCUCGACUCCCUCCAGCUCCUCGCUUCCCUCCCCUCCCCCGCGCCCCUCAUCGCCGCCGCUCACCUCGCCGUCGCCGCCUUCCUCGCUGCCUCUGCGCCCGACUUCGACGCCGCCGCGCGGGCCCUCUUCGCCCACCCCGGCGGCCGCGCGCGCCGCGCGUUUGACGGGGACCCAGCGCUCGCCUCCCCCGAGGCCGGCGCCGUCGCGUACCAGUUUGAGGACGCAGUCGGGAACACGUUCUCGCAGGACGCGCUGAGGAGACUGUGGGGCAACCGCGCCGAGGCGGAGGGGCGGGUGAGGGAGCUCCUGGCGGCCGAGUGGGCCGCCAUCGGCCCGUCGAUGUUGGAGGUCGCGGCCGAGCGGAUUGUUGGGCACGGCGCCGUUGAGACGUGGGGAUCCGCCGACGAAUCCACCCGCGCCAAGUACCUCAUGCUAGCCGGGGAAGAAAGAGGACGUGAAAUUUUGGGCAAACUUGAAGAACCUGCCUCUCAUGUGAAUCCAAUUUCGACGCCUGAAGUUAAUAAGGUCAUACAUGCCCUCAAAUCAAGAUGUGCCGACCUUCACAGUGUAGUGGAGGAUCCAUUACCGGCUGCAAAAGCAGCUGCAGAUGAGGUGUUGGCUGCAAGGAUGGAUAAAACACGUCAUAUUGUUGCUGAAGAAGUUAAUAAUCGGGCAGCUAAUUCUAGCGUUGCUGGUUCAAGUGCUGUGAAUGACCAAGGUGAGGUGUUGAGGAAAGGCACACCAUCCAACAUUAUGGAUUGGAACCCUACAGCGCGGAGUUUUCAUUGGGAGGACUCGCUUGAUCCUGAGGGCUCAAGAUCAGAAUCAACUAGACCACACUUGCCUAGCCCAAGGAGAAUAUCUGUUUCUCCUUUGCAAGUGGCAAAUAAUAAAGCCAGGCGUAGAAAGGCAAGGAAGUGGAGCUCGGAAGAAGAAGAGAUGCUAAGAAAGGGUGUGAAACAGUUUGGUAACGGCAGUUGGAAGGAUAUUUUGCUUCACAAUCCUGAUUUCUUUAUUGGUAGAACACAGGUGGACUUGAAGGAUAAAUGGAGAAACAUGAUGAGGUAACAGAGAAACAUAUCAGAGUUGACAAGGGUGGAUGAAUUACAUUAGGAUUUAUGGUACAUUAGGGUGGUUUGAAGUUGCAUGCCUUUGCGCCACUGUAGCUGGGAUGCGUUUUUUGUGGUGUCGCCUACAAAAUGGCAGACUGCCUCGAGCUCCCCUUAUCUGUCUAUCUAGCUGCUAUUAUUGAUGUAGUUUCUCCCUGUAAUAAUUUAGGGGUUCCUCCGGCAUUUUGAUCUUUCAUGCAGGAUGUCUUUGUAUUUGUGGAAGCCAUAUUACACAUGAGGGAUGUUAUGACAUAACCUAGUUGCAACAACUGAAGUUCUCCAGAAGUUAUUGAAUUGUGUAUGUACAACA